CAUGAGGUCUGUAUGCAGAAAUCAGUGGUAUUUUUUAUUGUGGCAGUGGACGACUAAAAAUUAAAACAAUUAUCAUUUACAAUGGCAUAAAGAAUUACAGACAGGUUUAAUGUAGUUCUGCAAUAUUUGAAUGCUUGAAACUAUAAAAUACUUAUGAAGGAAAUUAAAGAAAACAAAAUGAAUAGAGCAAUAUAUUUGGUGCUAUUUUGUUGAAUACUUUUUACAUCUGUAUUCUUGAUAGAUACUGGCUUGUAAAGAUAUGUCAUUGAUUUUGAUAUCAAGGUUGAUGGUGGUCUCAUAAAAUUGUUAUUGUUUCCUCUUUUACUUUGUGGGUCAUUUGGUGUAAAUUGUUACUCAAGGUUUGAUAGUGUUGAGUUGUUUUCCAUGUGGAUUGUGUGCUGUGGCUCAUUCCCCUUCACAGAGCCUGUGCAGGGUCUGUGUGUCUGUUCUCGUGAGGGAGCAUCAGGACUCUGUCUUCCUGGAAAGAGUCCUUGCUAUCUGUGUUAUGGAUCCGGGACACAGCAGUCUUAAUAUAUGCGAUUGUCUAGGUUACACUGAGACGGUCAUUUCCUUUCUGGUUUGUUUGUUUCCUCACUCUUCCCCUCAUCCUCCUCAUGUUCUCCUUCCCCUUCUCCCUUCUGUCACUCCCUCCCCACCCAUUUUCACUUUCAGUAUGUAAGUGCAAUCUUUUAUCCAAAGAUUGCCACCAGCCACACAGUUAUUUAGGUGUAAGUUAAUUUACAUUGAAUUAAAUAAAAAUGAAAUUUCUCAGUCACACUGAUCCCAUUUUAAGUGAUUAGUAGUCAAAAGUAGUUAACUGUUUUGUACUGUGCAGUUACAGGAUGCUUUUACCACCAUACAAGGCUCUGCUGGGCAGUGCUGGUCUAGAAGAUACGAGUUUUCUUGAUUUUUUUUGGAUAUAUUUCUGAAAUUAUUGGUAUUUCUUUUAUUUGUCAGCUUUGUUAUUAAUUUCUGUGCUUUAUUUCAUUCUUUUGCUUGCUUUGAGCUUCAUUUCUUUUUAAAAUUUCUUAGGCCACAACACAAUCAUCAACUUGGGAUUGUUAUUUCCCAAUGUAAAUAUCCAGUACUGUACAUUUAGAAGCACAAUUUCAAUUGUGUGUCUAAAGUUUUUUGAUGUUCCAUCUUUAUUUAUAUUCAAUUAAAAUAAUUCAUUAUUUUCUUUGUCACUGAUUUGAGAUGACAGUUAUUUAGAAAUGAGGUUUUUUUUUUAAAAACUACCCCCAAUUUGAGGACUUUAGUUUUGAUUUCUUUUUUUAACUUCAAUCUUGUAUUCCAGCAUAAGAUUUUUUAAAUUGGAUUUAUUUAUUUAUUUAUUUAAUGUGUAUGAUCCAUCUAUGUACGUGCAUUGCAUGCAUGCCUGGUACCCAUGGAGGUAAGAAGAGGGUGUUGGAUCCCCUGGAACUGGAAUUACAAGUGGCUGUGAGCCACCAUGUAGGUGCUAGAAACUGAACCCAGGUCCUCUGCAAGAGCAGCCAGUGUUCUUAACCACUGAGCCAUCUCUCUAGCACCUCAGCAUAGAUUUUUAAUUUUUUGGGGGGGUGGGAUGGGAAUCAGAAUAAUGACCACUUUGUAGAAGCCCUUUAUCCACUUAAAGAUAAUGUUUAUUUCUUUUGAGUGAGGUGUCCUUGAAACUUAGGUCAAAUUAGUUCAUGGUAUUAUUCAUGUUUUCUGCAUCCUCACUGGUUUUCUCUUUGCUUUUUUCCACCUAUUCUGUGCAUUUUCCUUUUCCUUGUUUUAUGUUUUAAAGAAGAUUUAUUUUUUAAAAACUGUAUAUGUAUGAGUAUUGCCUGAAUGAAUGUAUGUAAUGUAUAUGUAUCACACAUGUGCCUAAUACUGAUAGAGGCCAGAAGAGGGCAUUGAAUCCCCUAGAACUGGAGUUAUAGAAAGUUGUAAGCCGCCAUGUGUGGGCUGGGAACAGAACCCAGGUCCUCUGCAGGAGCUGAAAGUGCUCUUAACCAUUGAGCCAUCUCUUCAGCCCCCAUUUAUGACUUUUUGAAGCAAUGAUCCUUUGAUAAAUAUACUUUGAAGUGGCUGUAUGUUUUUAUUAGGUAAUGCAUGUCUUUAUGGAACAUUAAAAAAUUGGAAUUUGUGCAGUCUGAUGCUUACAUUUACCUUUCUUUUUAUCAGCAUUUGCAUGGGUUAUCUUUUCCGUUCUUUUUUCAAAACCUUUAUAUUUAAAGUGGGCUUCUUGCAGACUGUAUAUAAUUAGAUUUUACUUUUUCAAUCUUACCAUUUUUUUCUUCUUGAUUUGUAUGAUACGAUCAUGAACAUUUAAUGUAAUGGUUGGUAUGGCUGGAUGCUUAUCUGCAAUCUUGCCAGUUUUGUUCGUCUGAUUUAGUCUUUAACCCUACUGUUUUCUUUCUCAUCCUCUUUUUAUUGAAAUAGGGACAUUUAAUUAAUCCCUUUAAUCUCUCCUUGACAUUCACUGCCGCAUUUCCUCCUUUCUGCCUCUUUCUCCUCUUCUUGGUUCUUUUUGUCAACAGUUGUUAUAGACUUCCACUGUAUCACAGUCUAUUUUUAAUAAUGUCUCAUUUCACAUAGAAAGUAAUGAGUUUAUAUCAGUGUGCUACCAUGGCAUCUCACACAUACUUUGAGGUAUGCUUGUUAUACAUUUUAUUGUAUAGAUGUUAUACAUUCGACAGUGUAAUUAUUGUUAUUGCUUUAGUUAUCAUAAAAUUCCUGGUCUCCUGUUUAAACAAGACUUUUAAAAAAGAAUUUUAAAUGUAUAGAAAAACUGAACAACAAUACAGAGUGCUCAUAUAUUUCUUCAUUCCACAUGCUCUCCUAUUAUCUUUUACUACUUUGGUACAUUGUUACUUAGUGAAUCACUGUGCAUUAUUACCAGCAAAAGGCUCUACUUGGCCCUAAGGUUUACUCUUUGCAUAGCACAUUCCUCUAGAAUUUGAAAAAAUAUCAUCUUUCUACAAUUACAGUAUUAUUUCUUUAAAAAUCCCUGCUGCUCUAUUGAUACAUUCUUGUAUUUACUCUUCAAAACCCCUGCCAGCCACUGGUCCUCCUUUUCAUAGCGUCACUGUUUUUACAGUGUUCAGCAAAUCAUCAAAUUUGUUUCUUUCUCUUAGUAGCGUUCAUUAAAAUUGCUCCAAAGCUUAUAUGGCUUGAUAGCUCAUUUGUUUGUUAUUCAGUAAUAUUCCGUUGAUGGGAAUAUCACAGUGUAUCCAUUCAAAUACUGAAACAUAUCUUAGUUGCUUCUAGAUGUUGACGAUUGUGAAUAAGAUAGCUACAAAUAUUGAGUGCUGCAGUGAAUGAUUGCUGGAUCUCGUGGUAGAUAAUACUGUGUUUAGCUCUGUAAGGAUCUGCUAAAACUGCCUACCACAGCGGCUAUACCAUAAUCCCUUCCCACCAGCAAUGACUUACUCCUGAUGUUCUGCAUUCUCACUAGUAUUUGGUAUUGUUAAUUAGCCACUAUAACAAAUAACAGAUAAAAGCAGCAGCUGGUUUUGAUUAGUAAUUUUCUAAUAAUGUAGAAUGUGAAACAUUUUUACAUGAUUACUUAUCUGUUUAUUUCUUUGGUGAGUUAUCAGUUCAUUUAUUUAUUUUAAAUUGGUUUUCUUGCUGAAUGUUCAGAGUUCUUUAUAUUUUGGGUUACAAAUGAUCAGAUAUCUGAUUUGUAAAUAUUUUCUUCAGGUCUUUUUUAUCUCCUUAUUCUCAACAAUAUCUUUUGCACAACAGAAGGUUUUUUUAAAUUUUAAUAGAAUAGAAAAACUUAUUGCCAGCUGAGUGUGGUGGCAAUGUCUAUAAUGUUAGCACUUUGGGAGAGUGCUGAAGGAGGGGCACCGCAGUUUAAUUCCAGUCUGAUCUACAUAUGGCCUCCCAGGGCAUCAGAGUGCCUGUCGUGAGACUUUGUCUAAAACCAAGCAAGCAAGCAAAUAUAAAAACAAUAGAAAACAAAACAAAACAAAGUUUGCCAAAACUUAAGUUAACUAGAUUUUAUCCUUGUAAUUGUCUUGUUUUGAAGUUUUGACUUCCCCAAAGAUAAAGUUCUAACCCUGCCACUUGAUGCUAUGACCUAAUUUAGAACUAAGGCCUUUGCAGAAGUGAAUAAAUGAAAUUAAAACCCCAACCAAUAAUUCGUGUUCUUGUGGGACAAGAGAAAUUUGAACAUAGGCACACAGGGAGACUAUAGUAUCACAGUAGAGGCAGAAAUUGAAGUGUUGUGCCUCCACACCAAGGACACCAAAGACUGCUAGUGGAUAGCAUAUGCUAGAAGAAAGCAAGACUCCUUCCUUCAAGGUCUCUGAGGCGGGGAAUGGCUUUGCUGACACUUGAACUUCAUUCUUCUAUUUCCAGAACUGUGAAACGAUACAUUUUUCACUUUUUAAAAUGCCAUCCAGCUUGUGGUGUAGCACUUUGUUUUGGAAGCCCCCGGAAACUAAUACAUAUCCUGGCAUAGGUUUUGGAAUUGGGUAGCAGGUGGGUAGACACAGAAAGAAUCUUGAGGCACAUGACAUAAAAGCUCUAGUCAAGUUUGACAAGACUUGGGUAGCAAUAUGGAUGUUAUUCUGGAAAAGGCUCACAAGAGAAGGGAAUUGUGCAGAACAUGUUUGUUUUAGAGAAUACACGUAUCAUCAUGAACAGAACUGUAUUUGAAACAUGGACUUCCAAGGAGCUUCUUGUGUGAUUUUUAAAGGAGUGACGGCUACAAUCCCUGGCACUGAGGGAAGGUUAUUCUUGUCAAGAGUGCCAGCAACUUGCCUGGAUUGUGCUCAACAGCUGGGUGAAAGAAGAACUUACAAAAAAUGAGUUUGCACGUUUGGCUGAGGACAUUUUAAAGCAAUUAUUGUGGGACCAUAAUUUAUCUUUAUUGUUGAUAAUUAAAAUGCAAAGGGGGAGGAACUAAGUUAAGGAGAAACUUCUUAAGCAAAUAUCAAUAUGGCUUGAAAAAAUUUCAACCUAUCCAGGAAAUCUGCUUUGGAAACAGGACCAAAGUGUGGCUUUGAGAUAGAUUAGGCAGACCCACCUUAUUGCGACACAGAGUAGAUGUUGAGCAUUGUUAAAGUACUGCUAGAAGUCAGUAUUGGGCCGGGCAGUGGUAGCGCAUGCCUUUAAUCCCAGCACUCAGGAGGCAGAGCCAGGUGGAUCUCCGUGAGUUCGAAGCCAGCCUGGUCUCCAGAGUGAGAUCCAGGACAGGCACCAAAACUAUGCAGAGAAACCCUGUCUCAAAAAACAAAAACAAAAAAAAAGUCAGUAUUGGUUAAUGUUAAUACAUUUUUUAAGCUUUAUAUUCCUGUGUGUAUGAGCAUGAACGCAUGCCAUGGCACUUGGUAGAUGACUUGUGGAGUUGGUAUUCUCCUUCAACUUUUACGUGGGUUCAGGGAUUGAACUCAGGUAGCUGGGCUUGUGUGGCAUCUGCCUUUAUCCACUGAGCUGUCUUACUGCUCAAUAAUGGCACUCCAUCUGAUGUUUAUUAUUCUAUAAAUAAAGCUGUGGGGGAUGGGACAGUCUGCUGCUUAGUGGAGAGCUGUCAGACUCUUUCCUGGUGUCCUGACUGCCUUGUGCAGUGACUAUAUGCAGAAGCUAGGUGCGUGACCCCAUGCCAGCACCAUCUUAAGGAGGUCACAUAAUGAUCACAACUGCUUGCUCCAAGUCCCAACGGUGAAGAAGUCACAGCCACAGUUGUUUCAAACAGCUUUCACUGGGCUUCCCUGUAACCCUUCCUGUGUAGGCCAGAGGGGGCACUUCUGUUGGCACACAGAGGGUCUGUUGUGAUGGGAACAAAAACCAAAACACCCCCCAAUAACAUCUACAGUUAUGACUGCAUGGGUGUUUGCUGUGACUGAUGCAAACGGCCAUUUUAUGGCUGUGUAACCAAGUAGGUCAGUUUUGUGCUGUGACUUGGAGACGCCUUCUGUGCUACUUUGCUUGAUGUUGGCAACAUAGGCUCAGUAAGAGGCUUUUCUCAAGUGGACCUUUCUUGCCUAUGUUUGAAAUCCACUAGUAGAGCAUACUGUGCUGUUAAAGAAAAAGUAGCCAAAUAUAGCUCUGUCUGCCUAUAAUCCUAGCAGUUGGCAGGUGGUUCAGGAAUUCAAGGACAACCUGGGUUACAUAGUUUGAGAUCAGCCUGAGCAACAUGGUCAAGACAAACAUUAGGGGGUUGAAGAGAUGGCUCAGCAGUUCAGAGCACUUCUUGCUUUUGCAAUGGACUUCAGGUUCGGUUCUCAGCACCCACAUAGCAGUUUACAACCACCUGUAUUUCCACUUCCAGGGGAUCCAGCACCCUUUUCUGGCCUCUGCAGGCACUAAUCACACACACACAGUACACAUACAUACGUUCAAGAGAAACACUCAUAAAAAUAAAUCUUAGAGCAACACAUAGCAACAACGACAAAGAAACACAGAAAAGAUGGUGAUAACAGCAGCGUGGCUUCAGUGCAAACACAUUGAGCAGCUGGCAGGCUAAACGUCAAAGUGGUGCAAUCAGAGAGUGGCCAGUGGCUUACAGCUGAAGAAGAAGCUCAGCAAUGGAGAGUGACAGACAGACUGAGCCACAGAAGUGACACGGUGAGUGGCCGAGGCUCUAACAGCGGCAGGAGAGAGCCGUGGGAACUGCUGGAGGCCUUAGCAGCAGCAGCAGUGGAGUUGCGAGAGUGACCAAAACCGGAAGUAGCAAAACCGUGGCAGUGACAGGAGCCAACAGUAGAGCUGUAGCAGAGAUGGCUAUGACAUCAGUGAUUACAGAGGUAGACAUGGCCUUAUGGGUGAUGAUGGCUAAUCUUGAUUGCCAAGUACAUCUGGAAUCAACUGAAGCGCAUCCAGCUGGGCAUACCUGUGAUUUUUCUUGAUUGGAUCCUUUGCGGUGGGAAGAUCCACCCCAAAUCUGGGCCAUACCUUCUGAUGGCAGCCUGUAUAAAAGGACAUAGAAGAAGAAAGCUUUGCAUUUUACUGACUUGCCUUCACUUGUGCUGGCAAGUUAAUCUGUCCUGUUGCUGAGACAUUCCUUCACUGGUAUUAGAAGCUACUAAUCAGGAUUCUAACAUAGACUGAAGCCCAGCAGCUUUCUAGGACUCCAGCACCAGACUGAGACUCCUGAGAUAUCCAGUUUCAUGGAAUAAAUGACUGCUGGAUCCUUGGUCUUUCUGUUGGAAGACAUCUAUUUUUGGACUUCUUGAACCAUAGCUUGUAAGCCACCCUAAUAAGUACAUGCUCACACUUUUUUUUUUUUUUAAAAAAAAAUCAGUUCUGUUCCUUUAGAGAACCCUGACUAAUACAUGGACCAAGGGUAUUAAGACAUUCUAGGCCUUAGCACUAUAACACUAGCCAGUAUCAAGAACUGGAGAAUCCUGACUUCCUAGGCCCACACAAAAGCUGUAACACUUGUCACCAUAAGGCUAAGCAUCCCAGCACCUGCCCAAGGCUCUCAUCAGAGUUGUGACACUAAAGGCACUACCUGCUGCUGCCUCAAGCUAUCUGCUGUUGACGCUUACAGCUGUCUAAUGCCGAGGAGUUCAGAAGCUUCCCGUGAGGAGCACGAGAAGCACUAGCUUUACCUUUCCUGCCUGCAAUUUCUAUCUGGGUAGAGGAAAACUACUGCAGCCACCUGACUGUUACUGAAGAGAUUAGGUAGGCGAGUGACUCAUGGAUCCAUAGCCCUUCUGUUGCUUUGUUGAAGGUACUGGCUGCUCUCUACUCCCACCACUUCUUAAGCUUGACUGUUAACACCCCAAAAACCUUUUUAGGCAGAUUAUUCUGGAGAGAAGAAUGAAGGCUGUAAGACUUCGAUAUUCUGCAAGUUGGAAACAGGUUGGAUGGUAGGAUGGGUCACGACUCCUGGAAAUGAUGACAUGGGGAAGAGGUAAUGAUGAUGAAUCUGAUUUAGACGACCUGAAUUUCCAGAAGUCUUUGCCUUCAUCAAGUCAGAGAAAGACACCUACAAAAAAGGUUUUUGAGAAUAAAGUUAAAUCAGAGACGGUGAAAUCCUCUCCUCUGACAUUCUCAAGUAAGAAUUAUGAGUAUCUUUUUCAAGAGCCUUCAGAAAGUGAGAGUGAUGUCAGUGAGUUCUCGAAUAGAGACAGGUGGGACAGUGUGGACACAGAGCCUGCAGGGCCGUCAAAUACUGUCUCCCCAAGGCAUCCUGACAUUGGCUUGACCGUCUCAGAGAAGGAGCUGGCUCAGCUGGCUCACAUUCAACCAUUAGUAUUCAAUUAUUCUACACAAACUGUCAUGAGGGGUUUUUUAAAAAUGCUCCAGAAAAAAGAAGAAUAUGAUAUCAUCCGUGAGUUUUUGGAGUUAGAACAAAUGACUGUGCCUGAUGACUUCAAGUCUGGGAAUGAACUACUCAACAGAGACAAAAACAGAUACCGAGAUAUUCUUCCAUAUGAUUCAACACGUGUUCCUCUUGGAAAACACAAGGACUACAUCAAUGCUAGUUAUAUUAGAAUAGUAAAUCAUGACGAAGAGUAUUUUUAUAUUGCUACUCAAGGACCACUGCCAGAAACUAUAGAAGACUUUUGGCAAAUGGUUAUGGAAAAUAACUGUAAUGUUAUUGCUAUGAUAACCAGAGAGAUAGAAGGUGGAGUUAUCAAGUGUCACAGUUACUGGCCCAUUACUCUGAAGGAGCCAUUGGAAUUGAAGCAGUUUCGCAUCCUUCUAGAGAACUGCCAGAUAACUCAGUAUUUCAUCAUUCGAAUAUUUCAAAUUGUGAAGAAGUCCACAGGAAUGAGUCACUGCGUAAAACACUUGCAGUUCACCAAAUGGCCAGACCAUGGCACUCCUGUCUCAGCAGACUUUUUCAUAAAAUAUGUCCGUUAUGUGAGGAAGAGCCACAUUACAGGACCCCUGAUUGUUCACUGCAGUGCUGGUGUAGGCCGGACGGGGGUGUUAAUAUGUGUGGAUGUCGUGUUCUGUGCCAUCGAGAAGAACUACUCAUUCAACAUUCUGAACAUAGUGACCCAGAUGAGAAAACAGCGUCAAGGCAUGAUCCAAACAAAGGAGCAGUAUCACUUUUGUUAUGAAAUUGUGGUUGAAGUUCUUCAGAAUCUUCUGACUCUGAGUUAAGAAAGAGUCUGCGCCUCUCACUUGAGAUUACCAAGAAGCCUGUGCUGAAGGGUCUGCUGGCCAUGCCGUUUGCUUCUGAUUUUCUCUCUGAAGUCUCCCUGAAGGCAGCAUCGUUGGCACGGAGUGAACUGUUUUCACUUGAUCUUUCUGGACAAUAGCAAAUACCCUCCCAUGUUUUCCAGUGGAACAAAAGUUCCGUGAAACAACGUCAGUUUAGCUGUUUGGUUUAAGGCAUUAGAGAGUUCAAGAAAAGACUUCAGUGUAUUCAUUAAGAUUUUAUUUGGAAAGUGGCCAAAAGCCUCAAAAGAUACGGUACAGCCUUACUCUGGGAGAACAUGGAGCCAAUGAACUUGAGGUUCAUGUCUUGACCUCUCACGAGCAUUUUGCAGACAGAUAUUUAUCUGUGUUCUUUAAAGAAGCUAGAGUCCAUACUCCCAGCUGGUAAUUGAAUAACUCAAAAGGACUCUAGGAUGGAUUGGCUUUUGAUAUACAUUGGUUUUUGUGUCCUAUACUUCCAUGGUCCCAGAGUGCCCUAGGGAUUUCCAAGGAAGAGCUACCUUCCUGGAGCAGUCAGGCCCUUGUCCUGCUGCCCUGGGAAACCCCUUGUGGGUGAAUAGUCCCUCCUGUCCCUCCCAUGAACACACACACUACUGAACAGCCCCAAACGAAAAUACUCAUCCAUCUGUAGAUUCAGUGGAAACGUUUGCCAGGCCCAGCUUCUUUCCUAUCCUGCCCUAGCAGUUAACAUACCAUUCUGUCUGCUUUAUCAGAAGCAAGUAUUAUGAGGUACUUGCCUCUUAAUCUUUAGCUAACCAAUAAACUUUAAUGUAAGGAUAUUGCUCUGUAAGUUUGAGUCAUUUUUGGUACCUGUUAUACCAAGUGGUUUUUUUUUUUUUUUUUUAACUAAGAUCUAAAAAGAAGGUUUUGUUUGUUUGUUUGCCUUUCUCUCUUUUUUUUUUCUCUAGAGGCCCAUUAAGUUGUUUCUUUCUCUGCAGAAACAUUUACAUGCAGGACAUUGGAACUAGAUUUUGGAAAACCAAAUUCAUAGUUGUGAAAGUGAAAGCUUCUAUAUUCUUGUUAAAAACUCCUGGCCAUUAUUAUAUUCAUCAUACCGAGAUUCUCCCUCAGACAGUUAUAGUGAUUCUUUGGUUAAGGGGUUUUGGUGAUCAGUCAUUCUUAAUUAUAAGCCACAAAGCAAUUGAUAAGUGUAUUUGUACAGUGAAUUCAGUAGUGAUUACAGCUGUGAAUCAUAUUGAAAAUUCCUAAAAUUAUAAAUACUAUACUUUCAAGAGGUUAUUGCUUUGGUUAAAUGAAUACUUGAAUUGGUUGAAUUAGAAUCGAUAAGUCUCACUUUAAAAAUAAUUAUAUGGCAUAUAUUUGACAUUAACUCAAGUUGAUGAUUAUAGCUAUUUAUACUGUUAAUAUACAAAAGUCUAUGCUGAACAAUAAUAUCAUUUUGUAUGUUAUUAAAUGAAAAUAUUUACUAUG